AUGGUGCAUAUCCGCUCCAUGAUCAUAUCAAGUAAUUGUGCCAUUGUAUGUCUCACCAUGCAGCCAACGCUAACAAAAGUAAGUGACGUUCCAGCGACUAUGGAAUCCGAAACUGAAUCGCCGCUUCUGACUGAGGAAGAGGUGCUGAGUAUACUGUCGAAAAAACUCUCCCAAAAGUUUGAUCUGGUCGAGUACAAUCUCCGUCCAUUGAACUCAACCAACGGCUUCCUCGGACUCUAUUACGGACUCACCACGCUCGUGAAAAUCGACGGAGCCACCAAGGAGCACAAGUUUUUUAUGAAAGCUCAGCCGUCGAAGCGAAGUCCUCAGUUCGAUCUGCUGGUGGCGGCAAAGGGGUCGGAAAAAGAAUCCGCGAUGUACACCGAAAUCAUACCGCGCAUGGGAAACGGGAAGAGCUGCUCCGGUUGGUCGGCCGAGUGUUAUUUGACCAAGGAAAACGUUCUUGUGCUCGACGACCUGUUCGCCCAGGGUUACGUUACGACGGACAAGUACGUGCCGUUCGACCACAACCACUGCCUGGUUGUCCUUAGAUCCUUGGCCCGAUUCCACGCUGGGUCUUUCAUAAUCGACGAGAAGCUCAAGUCGAAGGACACGAGUCUGUUCGAGGUCUACGGCGACAUAUUGGGCGAGUCGUUGUACAACGACAGCGGAAUAUCAACGCGAAUGCUGAGUUCGUGCAUCCUGGGAACAAUGUCAUUGAUCGAUCUUCUACAGGAAGAGUUGAGCGAGUCGGAAAGGGCCGAAUUCAAGGAACGCGUUAGGCCGUGGGGCGAGAACAAGGAGGAACUUUUGAACCCUUCGAAAAAGUACAGAAAUGUGAUUUGCCACCGUGAUUUAUGGGCCAAUAACCUGAUGCUUAAGUACGACGCUUCGGGUAAGCCGGAGCACUGCUGCCUGAUUGACUUACAAGUCCUUCGUUACAAUCCACCGGCGACCGACUGUGUCUUCCUUCUAUAUUUGACUACCGACAGAGAGACGAGGGAAAAACACGGGGAAUCGCUUUUGCGAAUGUACUACGAAACCUUGGAUAAGGAAUUGACGAACGCUGGGCUCGAUUCGAGACGCUGUCUCGACUGGCCGACCUUCCGGAAAAGCUGCGACGACACAAGGUCUUUGGCUAUGGUCUAUGCGUUUAUGAAUUUACCCGUGAUGCUACUUCAUCCUGACAUGAUUAAAAAACAAUUCAAUGACUCGCCGGAGCUGCUGAAUGAGAGUUUAUACAACGACCGAUCUUCCGUGGUGUGCAAUCAAUUUUUCAAUGUCAAACAAUACCGGGAACGAAUGACCGAAGUUUUACUCGAGGCUUACGAAUUUUUACCACGCUAUGCAGAAAGCAUCAAACCGUAGCGUCAAUAGUUUUGACCUGCGUCCGUAUUAGAUAAUUUUUUUUAU